AUCAGACAUAAACUAUAAGAAGUUGACUCCCCAUCGAUAUUCUUGAACCUUUCUGUCUACCAUACUAUUUGAAUAGUCUUAUCCGAUCACUGCUUCUUCCGUUUCCGUCAACAUCCGAUUGCUGCUAUCAUUGACAUGUCUCCCUAUAAGCCGCUGAUCGUCGACGUUGGUGCCCUGUCGCAAAAUAUUCCAUCUUCAUUUAUCGAAAAGGAGCGAGGAAACGCAACUUGGCACACUCUAUUGUCUUCGCCAGGAACAAAAACGACCUCACUUACUGCGGGCAUCGCGACAUGUCCUCCUCAAGGAACUCUAGCACUGCAUCGCCACAAGCAAGCAGAACUAUACUACAUUCUAUCUGGAUCCGGAGAAGUUGAAGUUGAAGGAAAACGAUACCCAGUUUCCAAGAACAACCUUGUUUGGAUACCAGGAGAUGCAGAGCACGGUGUGUUCUGCACCGAGAACGAAAUCAGCUGGCUUUAUGUUUUCCCCGAGGACAGCUUUGAUAAUAUUGUGUAUCGAUUCACUAGCGAGGUGAAGGAUCUUGCUGGAAAGAUCAAGUCCAAGUUAUAAGAGCAUGGAGACAUGGAGUUGGGUCUGCUAGUAUCAAGCCAUGUAUGCAUAAGAUGCAUUAUCCAGUGGGUGCCAAGCAUAGACGUGCAUUAGUUUGUAGAUAUAGCAAUAUCAAUCUCAGCUAGUCCCCGCUACACCAACUAAUACAGCGAACCAUCGAACGUCUCUUGGCUUCUUUGGACAGUGGAAGUUAUCGA